AUGAAGAGUCUAGCUGCCAUUGCGUUUAUUUUGUGUCUGGCGUCCGCGCACAAAUCCGGCGACGUCAAACAUAAAUGGUGGAGCAUUCCGGAACCGGUGGCCACUGUUGGCAAGUUAUUUUACUUCAAAAUUCCUCAUGACUCGGUCGUCGACAACACCAGUCCUAUUGACUUUUUGGGUCAAGAUGGUGGUGGUCUUCCAAGUUGGUUAGUGCAAGGUAAGGAUGAGCUUGAAGGAAUACCUGGACCUGAGGAUGUUCGUGAUCAUUUGUUGGUAAGAGCAGGAGACAAAAGUCGUCGGAUGGUUUCUGAUGUAGCGUCUAUCAGAGUUGCGCCUUUGAAAUGGAAAAAUGUUCGAAAUAAUAAACGAUGUAAAAAUUCUGAAGAUUCUAUUUUGCUAUGCCUUGUUAUUGGUAUGAAUUUCAAGAGUAUACAACCUUUACAAAGGCUUAUUGCACUGAAAAAUUUGGCGGGAUUUUUAAGUCUUCCUCAAGAUGCUGUAUUAUUAGUGCCUCAAGAAAGUGUGUCUUCUUGGUUAAUCGACUACUUAGUAACAUCUGAACGCCAAUCACAUAAAAAACAUCAAUUUAAUGACACAUCGUUUGUCCUUUGGGAGGUUGGAUGUGGAGGUGAUAUUUUGCAAGAACAUAUUGACCAUGUAAGGCAAAUGCAGAGUAAUACAGUGGAUGGAACAUUGUCUGAAGUAUUGCAGUUACCAGUUACCAGUUGGAGACUGGUCAAUUCAUUAAACCCUUUACGUGGCCGUCGUCAGGUGAUGAUGACCCGCUCAAAACAAGACCCAAAUUCAGAAAAUACUGCCGAAGUCGAUUAUAAUGAUGACAGUUUGACCAAAAAUCUAAAUAAUCCACCUAACGAUAAUAAUGAUGAAGAUGAAGAAGAAGAAAUUAUUCCUGAUACUAGACAAACUAUUAUUGAACCAUCUCCAGUAUAUAUACCUCAUCAAUAUGACACCGAUCAUUAUCGUAGACAUCAUCGUAGAGAUGAAUCUGUACUGAAUAUUCCAAAAGACAUUAUUAACUCUACGCCUGUCCAAAAUAUGAAAUUAUCUCCAACUCUUGACUUAAAUGGAGCCAUUGGAUCGUUUGAGAACAUUCUGCCAACACCUUCAUUCUACGAGCAAAAGUCUUCCACUCCUACUACCCAAGAAUCUGAGUCUGUAGGUAUGGGUGAUUCGUAUGAUGUAACAACCAUACCAGAUGAUAUAUCUACUGAAACUCCUAACCUGGUGACAGACAAGAUAAAGGAUAUCAUUAAUGAGUAUUCUGUUAGUACUUCAACUACUACAACAACAUCAAAUGGGGAAAAUCCUAACACAUCACCAAUAAUUAAACAUAAGUUACCCAAACUUGCUAUUACAGCUGGCAAACCAUUUAAAUAUCCAAUUCCCGACAAUAUAUUCUAUGAUACUGAAGAUGGAGAUGCAAAACACUUAAAAUUGGCGCUGUUGAACACUGAUCCAUCUCUAUUAUCAUGGGUCGAGUUUGAUGCUGAAAAACAAAUCUUACUUGCUUUGCCUUUGGAGGAUCAUGUAUCAAAAUGGGAAGUAGUAAUUGAAGCAAAAGAUUCUGGGAAUCUGACUGUUAACAAUACAUUAGAACUGGUAGUUCAACAGCUACCUCACUUACGUGCCAUUAAUCAUCAGUUAACACUACAAAUGCGCUUAAAACAAGACUCAUUAGCAUGGACUCAUCCAGUUAAUUGGAGCUUGGAUAUCAUUGACAGAAUCAGUACAAUUUACUCAACUGAUGUCAAAGAUAUAACAGUCUUAGACUGGCCGAGAGUCUCUAUUUUAGCUGCUAAUAAGGAUAAACAUAGCAUUCAGUUUACCUGGACUAAUGAUACAUUGCCGCGUGACACCUGUCCUAAUGGACAAAUAACUCAAAUUUUAGGAAUUUUAAAACCCGAAAAAGGUAGUAAAAUGAAAUCUGGAAAAUAUUUUGGUUCUUCAGUUGUUUUGGAAGAUGUUAGCUGGCAAGGAUUAGGUAAUUGUGCUUCUACGUCAUUUAUUUCGAGUCAAAAUUAUCAACCUGUGUUGCGCAAUCCAGUUGAUCUUAUUAAUGCCACUUAUGGACAGUUAUUAUCGUAUGUUGUACCAGAGGAUACAUUUUAUGAUCCUGAAGACGGUUCUUCACGUAGAUUGAAAUUGUCCUUAAUGACUAUUGAUCGUACACAAGUCCCAGCAAAUAGCUGGUUGCAAUUUGACACUAAAAACCAAGAAUUCUUUGGAAUUCCGUUGUGGGGUGACAAAAGCUUUUCUGAAUACCAACUUAUUUGUACCGAUCGAGAGGGUAGAUCAAAUCAUGAUAGUUUAGUAGUAUCUAUACGCAAUACAACUAAGCCUUUGCCAUCAGCUGAAUUUGAUAUGAUAUUCAAAACUCCAGAAUUCAAAGAAUUCAAUAAUUCAGCUAAACUUAAAAAAAUAUUUGUUGAACGUGUAGCUAAUCUUUUUAGAGAUAAAAAUACUGCCAACAUUGUUGUUCUUGGAGUCAGUUCAGUAAACGGUAUGACAAUGGUGACAUGGUACAAUAAAACAUUAGAAAUUGAUCGGUGUGAUGAAGAAAAGGUUCUACAACUAAGACGAAUCUUAUUGAAUGAAGAUGAAAAGUUGUCUGAAAAUGUAACAAAAAAUAUGAAACCAUCAUUCAAUGUAGUUGGAGCACACGUUACGCCUUCUGGGAUGUGUGAAGGUGGAUUUACCGAAGUUCGACCACCAAAAACUCCCAACAAUGUUACACCUCGCGAUGACAAUAUUUUGCUUUUAUUUGACAAAUCAGAACAGUAUUUUUCAACAUUUAUUAUUCCAGCCAUCAUAAUUUUAGCUAUGAUGCUAUUUGCUGGAUUAUUGGCUUGUUUAUUGUAUCGCCGAAGACCAUCGUCAAAGUUAAGAAUUGGUGAUGAUGAAAGACAAAGUUUCCGAAGUCGUGGUAUUCCAGUUAUUUUUCAAGAUGAGUUGGAUGAAAGACUUGAGCCCACAAAUAAAACACCAAUAAUCAUGAGAGAAGAAAAGCCUCCUUUACCACCACCUGAAUAUCAAAGAUCACCACCAAUGGCCACCACAGCUUUACUAGCCGAUACAGAAGAUUCGCCAUAUCAGCCUCCACCACCACCUUUCUCAAAUGCUGGCUCCAACCAUAGGUCAAAACCGUCAUCAACUCCGUCAUAUCGCAAACCCCCACCUUAUGUUCCUCCUUAACAAGUCUGAUUCUAAAUUAGUUUUUAAAUUGGUCUUUUACAUCAAUUUGACUGAUUAAUUCCUUUUAGUCAUUAAUUAAAAACUUUUUAAUCAAGUUAUUAUUGUCAUUAUUAUUUAAAUAUUAUUAACAAACAAAAAUAGUGUUCACAAUAACAUUAUUAUUACAUUUUUUUUAUCUAUUUUACAAUCUAUUAUUUUGAAUGCCUUUUAGCAAUAACAAUUAUUAUUUUCAUAGUAAUCGGUAUAUUUUUUCUAUAAUUGUGAGUAGUUUGUUAAAUGAUUUUUUCAGGUGUUAGACAUUAGUGUAAUGUAAUAUUAUGUUAAGUAACUAGUAAGCAUUUAUUAUUCAUUUUACCGUUCAUAAUUUCUCCCAACCCUCGCUUAUUGUUCUAUGCGUAGACUGUGAGUUUGUGUAGUAAUUAUUCAUAAAUAAUUAAAAUUAUAUAACUUAAUAUUCUACAUAGUUAAUGUAUUAUUUUUUUUUUACAUAUUUGCAAUGUUUUUAUAAUCAAUUUUUUUUUUAUCAAAUUUAUUGAUAUUAUUACUAAAAAGACAAACGACAUAAUUGUUCUGCCUCUUUUAUCAUAUUUUGUAAAUAUUAGUUUAAUCUGUGGUUUAAUAUUAUUAUAAUAAAUUGACAGGUUUAAUAAUAAGAAUUAUAAAAAAAAUUAAAUUAUAACAAUUUUGUUCAGUUUUGAGAUUUGUUUUCACUAAACCAUGACCGAAACAAUAAUGUAUAUAAAUAUUAUACUCUAUGGGCUAGACUUAUUUAUUUUUUGUUAUUCAACUAACAUAAUAUUAAAAACAAUAUAGUAUUGAAAAGAAAUUGUUUAUACCUAAUUUUGCUUCAAAGUAAUUUAUUAGAUAGUGGUUUUGGUGAGUGUAAAUGUUAAUUGUUGUACUUAAAACAAUUAUUUUUGUGCAGAAGUCUGAGGAUUUCACAUCAUUUAGUAUGUUUAGUUAAUGAUAAUUUAUAUUUUUUCUGUAUCUUUUAGAGGAUAUUGUAAUA